ACGAACUCUUACGGGUGGAUUUGCUGUCUGUCCAAGAGUUGGAUUGAAUAAGGUGCUGUUCACUCAACCAGUCUCAUAAUGGUUCAUUUUCUUCUGCCAGUAUUAUGCUGAAUUCAUGUGUCUUAAAAUUAUUUUUAUUUAUUUGUAUUCAUAGUUAUUUAAUAUAAGCUAUUUUGGCAAAGUGAGAAGACUAUAUAGAUGUUACAUUUCUGAAAAAGAUCUUAGUCAAAUGCCUUUCGAGCAUACCCUCAUUACAAACCCCGGGUAUAAGUAGAGUUAAGUGCCAAGUUGAAGAGCGGCACUUUUUGUUGUUGUGAGCGUUGCUAAGCGACCGUUUUUAGAAAAAGGGAAGAGCCUAGCGAGAGAAGUGGGGUGCGCGACGGAGAAAGAGCGUGUGAUACAGAAAGGGUGAGCGGGCGUUAGUGCAGAAAGAGAGGGGUGAAUCAGUGGUGUGGUCUUCAGUGUCGAACAGUGGGUAUUUCAGUAGCAGUCAAACAGUGAAUAGGGAGGGUAUGUUCAUCUAUCCAGCCAAAGGUUGUGAAUAAGAAGGGGUUGUAAUCUUCUAUCCAGUCUAAGGGGUCUGUGCUCUUUGUUAGUGGGGUAGGAGCAUGUCUGACAUGGGGCCUCUACAGAGGAUGCUGAACCGGACCACCCUCUCCACACAGAGGCUCCUCCACACACACAUCCUGGGUCUGGGAGAGUAUUUUCUCUCUCCUUCCACCUCUACCUCCACAAGCACCAGCCAGGACCCAGGGCCAGCCUCAUUCUCUCCCCACUCCGAGCAGCUAGAGGUGGGGGCCACACAGGGGGAGUCACCCUGGAUGGCAGUAUUUCUGCAGAGGGCAGAGGAGGAUAAAGAGAGGUCACUGAAACAACAGGAAGAGUGUCUGCAGGUGUGCUUCAAAGAGGCCUUAUUGGCAAGGGAGAGGCUGGAGGCUGAGCAGAGGCAGGGGGAGCGGGUAGAGCAGCAGGCCCAGUUUGAGGAGCGCUGUGUGGGGCUGCGGGAGGAGAUCGAGAGGGAAAUGAGGCUGGCGGUGGAGGAGACCUGCGGAAGGAUGAGGGCUGCGAUACAGAGAGAGGUGGAAGAGGAGCGACAGAGAGAAGUAGAGGCCAAGGAGGAAAAAGUACAGGAGAAUGUGAAGAGGCUUGUUCGGGAAACAGAGGUGUGUGUGCGACAGCAGUGUGAAAGAGAGGCACAGAAGGACCUACAGACUCUCCAGGACAGACAUACCGUGGAACUCGCUCUAAUGCAAAGCCGGUACAGGCAGCUGGAGCAGGGUCUGGCCAGAGUCACAGGGGAGAGGAUGAGCUAUGAGACAGAGUUUAAGAGGUUACAGUGUAGUUACAGACAGUUUGUGGAUCUGACCGAGUCCUCCCUCCACUCUGACUACCUGUUGAAGCUCCGUCGCCUGGGCAGAGAACCUGGCUAUACAGACGUGGCGGUCCAGACGGAUGAUGUCACCAACACACACUUUACCUGAUGAUGCACAGGCAUCUACUUGCUACUACAGCUACAACAUUGCUGUUGCCUGUGUGCACAGAUCUAGGAUCAGCUUAUUCUUCCCAAUCCUGAUCUUAACUAUUAGGGGGAAGAAUUCAACACUGACAUUAGAUCAGUGUUUAGGAGCAACUUCAUCCAACUCCUUACCAGCUGAACUCACAGAUGCCUCUCUGCUCUGUCAUCAUCAGGAAUGUGUCCAUAUAGGGUAUAAAGGUCAUAUCACUAUGUAUUCAGCAAUAAACUGAUACCAUUUUAA